UCCCUAUCUUGUUAUUCAAACUUGUAAACCAGUAGCAGCAAAGACUAGCCCAUGGAAACCAGGAGUUUUGCUGCCACUGAAGGAGCGCCCUCGGAGGAAAUUCGUAUUCCUAUAGAGCAGCGUAGUUUUAAUUACGAUGAUUACUGUCAGACAAUAGAAUAUGGUAGGAACUUCGAUGUAUAUCGUCCUUUAUUAAAUGCUGCAAUGGAUAAUGAAUGGGAGGGAGCGGAAGAUUUCAUAAAAAGUCACCCCGAUUCAGUGGAAGUUCCGAUCACAGUAUGCGGAAGGUCUGCAUUGCAUAUUGCAGCUGGUGCAGGAAGCUCAGAGUUCGUAAUAAAAUUGGUCGAACGCAUGCCCAUAGAAGCAUUUGAAUUGAAAGACAAUUACGACGGUAAUACAGCUCUUCAUCUUGCUGUUAUUGCUGGGCUUUAAAAGUGCUGGUGCAAAAAAAUAGAAACUUAACCCGUAUAUAUGUAAUAAAAAGGGGUUGAAUCCCCUACUCAAUGCUGCUGUGC